UCGGAUUAAUUUUUUAACAGGCGCAUCUAAUUGGUAGAUAUAUUUAUAUAUGUAUCUUGCGACACAAUACUGUAUAAUGCUGCGCGCCCAUUCAUCUUUGAUGUAUACUCAAUAUUUGGUCAAGGGCUCUUGUUCGCGCAUGACGACGUUUUCAUACCCUCACGCAGAAUGUCAGAAUCAUGCUGCUAGAACACAGCAUACAAGUUUCUCAGAGAGCACAGAAGCAGUCAAAUCACUGACACCAGAGGAAAAAGUCGCCAGAUUAGCUGACUUAAAGGAGAUUAUGGCCGAGAAGAGGAAGACGAAAGAGGAUGCCGAGCGCGCGGAGGCCAAAGCGCGUGAGAUGAAGCGAAGGGAAGAGGGGAAGAACAUACAGACCGCAAAAGAAUAUUAUCACAAUCAACAAGCAGUACAGGCGGCAAAGGAGAUGCGAGAAGCCAAGCUCGCAGACAAAGCAGCUCGUGAUCGAGUCAAGCAAGAGAUAGCCAAGGAUAAGGCUGAGCGAAUAGCGAGGGCCAAUCGUAAUGCACAGCCCAAGCACACACUUGGUGACGAGGAUAGGGCUGGAACGACGGCGGAGGGGAAAGCAGGAUCUGACCAUGCGUCCACCUCGACUACGAAAGAGUAUACUACUUGCCGGUUGCAAAUUCGAUUACCCGAGGGCCAACCGAUUGUGCACACGUUCCAGGCAACUGACAACUUGAAUGCUGUCUACGAAUUCAUCCAGUCUGAGAAGCCAGAAUAUGCUGAAGCGCCUUUCUCGCUAAGCACAACCUUCCCCCGACGCGUGUUUGAAGACGCGGAUAAGUCGAAGUCACUGGUCGAGGUAGCGCUGGUCCCGUCGUCAGUGCUGGUCAUGGCUCGGUUGAAGAAUACAGAUGACAUGUGA